UACUCCCCACCAGAGUGAGUCCCUUCAUCCCUGCCACGUCAGAGACCAGCGAACAAUAGCUGCUUCCAUCAUGAAGCUGGUGACGGUCCUCAUGCUGGUGGCCUUCCCACUUUACUGCUAUGCAGGAUCUGGCUGCCAACUUCUUGAGGAUGUGGUUGAAAAGACAAUUACUGCUGAACUGUCUCCAGCUGAAUAUGUAGAAGCCAUUCAAGAGUUCAUACCGGAUGAAGCCACUGAGAAGGCUGCAAUACAACUGAAGCAGUGUUAUCUCAAACAGUCAAACGAAACUCUGAACGAUUUCAGAAAGAUGAUGAAUUCAAUGUACAAUAGUGCAUACUGUGCACUAUUUUAACUUUCCACAAGACCUUUGGCUCAGAGGACUACAGAGAAUGGUCAGAAAAAGACUGUCAACUGCUAUAAACCACAAUUUUACUUUCUUUUUUUGCUUUUGACCUAAAAACUGCAAGACAACUGUUGAAACCUCAUUUACAUUUUCAUUUCAAUAAAGUAUCUGCAAAACUA